UCUGGCUCUUGCUCCGAUCAGGAAACGUUUUGUAUGUGUUCCAUUAAUUUCGUCGUGGUUUGCAUUCUCGGCGGUGAAAUCGGGAAAUUCGUUGGUUUCUUCUAAUCACUGAAGAUUGAGGGGAUUGAAUUGUGAGCGGAUUUUGAGGUUUGGGAAUUGGGCAAAUGGGUUUUUCCUUCAUUUGCGAUUUGGUUUUCUUUGGGUAAUCAGCGGAUCUUUGAGCGCCGCGGUAGUAUGUGUGAUCCGAAAUGCUAUCACAUUGGUUCUUGGCUUGUGGAUGAUGAUAAUGAUAAUUCCUCUUGAGUUGUUUUUUUCUUAGGGAUUCGGGAUUAAUGUGGAUUUUCUCUUUUCAUCUUUCUUCGAUACCGUAUGUUUGGACAAGAUCCAUAAUUGGGUUGUUUUUGGAAUUGGUGGACCAGAAUCACGAGGAAUUUCGUGCUACCUCCCAUGGUUUAUGACCGGAACUGGUCUGGAGUGUUGGUGAUAGUCCGCUUGGUGUCUUAGGCACAAGGAAAAUUAAAGAAUUGUGUAAUUUAAUCCGUAUAAAGAUGAGAGAGAUGGGUUCAUGGCACCGAUUUUUGAUUCGGAUAAUUAGUAUUACGACUGUUAAGGUUCUUGGAGUUUAAUAUAGGAAGGGGGGAUGACCAUUAAUUUAAUGGGCACAGAUUGAUCUCCAUUCUGAAUAGUAACAUUUGGUUUUCCAUGCAUUGGGUUCAUGUCCUGCUUUCCUGUGAUUGUGGACAUUGUAACUUAUUGAUUGAAGUGCAGAAAUAUGUCUCCAGCAUCAAGAUCUAAAUCAAAGGAUAAGAAAGCUAGCAAGGAAGCCCAGAAGGUGUCUUCAAAGCCUUCAGGACCUGCUAAUGCUGGUAAUGGUAUACCAGCUAGUGCAUACAAUCCACUUUUAGGGACUUUUCAUACUCUUGAAUUGUCAUCAGCACCCUCUACAUCUCCUCUUCACUCUAAUGGUCGUUUCCGGAACAUAGAUGACACAGAUGAUCAUUCCGGUGGCUCGCUUACAACUGGGAUUGAGUAUGAUUCUGUUUCUAAUAAUGGUAGCUGGUCUGGUGAGUCAGAAGAUCACAAAGAUAAGACAUCAAAUCCUGCAGCCCGGCAGGAAACAAUACCAGGAGCUGACAAUGACAAACGAGAAAAGAUCCGUCAGAAGAAUGAAAGAAAGCAUCAGCGGCAGAAGGAGAGACGAGCUCAGGAAUUACAUGAUAAAUGCAAUGGCUAUCUUAUGACAAGAAAGCUUGAAUCACUGGCUCAACAGCUUGAGGCAAUGGGAUUUUCACUUGAUCGUGCUACAAUGGCUCUUAUACUGAAUGAAGGUAGAGUAGAAGAGUCAGUUGCUUGGUUGUUUGAAGGUGGAGAAGAAGCCGAUAAGCACAGGGAUCCUGAUCCAAGUGGGGGCAACAUAAAAAUUGACAUAUCAGAAGAGCUUGCUCGAAUUGCAGAUUUGGAAACAAGGUAUAAAUGGUCAAGACAGGAGGUUGAAAGGGCUGUUGUCUCCUGUGAGGGUGACCUUGAGAAGGCUAUAGAAAGCAUUAGAUUAGCUAAACAAGAUCCACCUUCUGGUUCACCUAAGCCAGAAGAAACGGGCGAUCCUCCAACUGCCAAUGGCAAGCUUUCAGUUGGUGUUAGUCAGAAUUUGAGGUCGCAAGCAAAAUCCAAUCCUCCCCCUACAAUACAGCAAAGAAAGGAUGAAAAAGAUUUUAACUACACAAAGCAAGCAGUCACAGUUUUAGGGUCUUCAGAAUCUGCAAGCAAAAACCUGCAGCCUCUGAAGAGAGUUCAACCAAAGAUGGAGUGGCCAAAACCUCAACAGCCAGCAAUGCCAGUAGAGAAACGAUGGCUGAAUGCAGGAUCAAAUCCUUCUGUUUCCUAUUCUUUGGUGUCACCUUUACAGGUCUCUUCAUCACCAGCCAAGACAGAAACUCGCUAUGUAGCAAUGGGAAAUGAAAUAAAAAACCUUCAGACUGGAACAGUGAGGGAGCCAGUUAUUGUAAUGCAGCGUCCCCAAUCUCUCAAUGCAAAGCAAGCUCCGGCUAGUAUGAGCUCAACACUUCCUGGAACAGCUGCUAGUUGGUAUCCUUCUAAUAAUGUUGAAGCUAUGAGGUCCAGUGGCUUCUUGCCUCAAAUUCCGAGUACUAGAAGCCUCAGUCCAAACAAGCUGAGCUCAAAUCAGAUAUACCACCAAUUCCAAUAUCAACAACAGCAACACUUUGUUCCUGGAAGCAGCCCUGGGGAUUCCCCUGGAUCAAGCCGAGGCAAUGGCUUGUGGAGUAGAACUGGGACAUCUCCGACACUAUCUGCAGCAUCCUCCCUUGGUCUAUUUUCGGGGGUGGGUUCAGCUGGAUCAUCAGGGGCAUCUUCUCCCGUAGACUGGAACACCGGUAGCUCAAUGCGGGACUUUGAUUACAACAACAUAGAUUGGACUUUGGAUAGAGGUUCGUCAAGGCCCAAUGGACUUUGGCUGGGGUUGACCUCUUUCAUGAAGAACAGCCCAAAUCUCUACGAGUCAAAAGCUUCUAGGGUGGGGGCUCAACCUGCCAUGAGAUCAGCUUCCACUAAUGUGAAUGGUGUUUCCAUUGUGGGACUGCAGGAUGGUGGAGCUGCUAGAACUGAAACAUCGUCGUCUGGUUCUCGGGACUGGACGUCUCCGUUUGAAGGGGAGGAUCUGUUUAGCUUGCCCAGGCAGUUUGUUUCUUCUCCUUCUCUUUAGGCGAGGAAGUAUUUCAAUGAAUAAUAAAAAAAGAAAAAAAAGACAAAAAAAAAGAAAAAAAGACAAAACGGACGUGCGUGGAUUUCAUGUUGGUGUUGGUUCUAAUGAUGCUGCAGUGUUGAUUGUUGGUGGAUCAUCUUUAGUGAAAAAGCAUCUAAAAAGUCCUUUGCUUAAUUUUUUUAUUUCCUUUUGUGCAUUACAUUUCUGCAUAUCACAAGUGGGGGAAAGAUUAAGAAUAAAAGAGCGUUAUCAUAGUAACCCAAGGCAAAAUCGCAUUACUAAUUUUCGAUAAUGGUGCAUGAGGAUGAGUCAGGGGGUUGGAGUACAUUGGAUUUUAUUUGAUCAUUCUAACGAAAAGGAAUUUUAUAAGGGAAAAAUAAAAAGAAAAAAGAAAUAUUUCGAAUUGAAAUGUAUAAAUACAGAACCAACAAGAGCAAGAGACGAUUUCGUUCUAGUGUAAUUUGCUAACAACGAUUUAUUUCUUCUGAAGUUUUCCACGACCAUCAAUAAGUAGAAAACUAAAAAAUGCCACUCAUCCCUACCUGGCAAUUCCAAUAAAGUAGCGGUAUGGACGAGAAGUGACAUAUAUACGCUGGUAUGGAUGAGAAGUGAGAAAGCAGGGAUGAGGUCAAAUAUACUCUCAAACCAAGCAGGCAUGAGGUCAAAUAUACUCUGUUUUUCAAACCAAGCAGAGUAUGGAUGAUUGAAUAUUUUCCCCACAAGAAGAAAGAACAUUGAUUGUUGAUUCUCAUACAAGGGCAAAAGCCUAAAGCGAUUUCAUUCUCAAUUCAUUUAUUCAAUACUAGUACCGCUUCAAUUGAGAUCUUCAUUUAUUUAUUUUUUUCACGGACAGUAUUUACAAAAAAGAAAAAUAAGUUGGAAAUUGAAUGGAUAAAAAUGUCCAUCGUGUUUCCUAUGAGGAUGCAUUACUCAAUUGACUGGGAAAAAUCCGUCUGUGGGCUAGAAGCAGUUUUUGAAGCAGGUUCUUUGUACCACUCAUUUUCUUCACGGGUGAGAAAAUUGGCCUCUG